AUGAAGCGUAAAAUAACAAAUGAGUUUUACCUUGGUACAGUCAGCAACGGCCUUCUUAUACUCCCCAACUUCCUUAUAGCACGAUGCUCGACUGGUCAAGACUUCCAUAGUCCCUUCAUCAUCACUAGCCUUCUCGAGCAGAAUAACAGCCCACGAAAACCACUUUAUAGCAUCUGCAAACUGGCUAUACUCAGUGGAUCAUUGAGCUCGACGGUGCUGGUGAAUUCCAGCUCUUCCCGAAAUCAUCCCCCACCAUGGAGGUCGGGCCGGAUAAAGAUCCCAGCCCGGGUGACUGGAUCGGGACCGCCGGCUGGUGGGUCCAUGCCGGCGUGUUGGGCUGGUGGCCCCACGACGGUGCCGAGCUCGGCUUCUGUUGGGUGUACGCCGCCGAUGAAUAAGAAGACGCCGUCGGGUCCUUCUUGCCAUUCAGAGGUCCGGCGCGGCCCGAGAUCGAAAUCGAAGGCGUCGGUCUUGCUGUUCGAACAAAAAAAUCCUAAUUCCGUGCCUGGGCCCACAGGUGACCCCGUUGACUGUGAGGUCGGUCAAGCCCUGGCCGAUGGAAAUGCAGUCGUCGCCCGUUUGAAUCACGCUUUUCGAAACGGUCACGGCGUCCGAUUUGCUGAUGUGGAUGCCGUCCGUGUUCGGGCUAUUUCCGGGCGCUCUUAUUUUUAUUCCGUCGAUCGUUACGCGGCUGCUCUCGGUUAUGUGCAUGUGGAAUCCCAUGCUGUCGAUCAAGUUUACCCCUUCGACUCGCGCAUUAUUCACAUUGUUCAUUUGCAUUUAAGGCCGGAGUUCUAG